CACUUGUCAUUUGUCAUCGAAGUGCCUUGUUACGUCAAUGUCAAGGAAGUGAAAAUGAUAUAAAUAGAAAACAAAGUAAAAGAUAUAAUCAAUUCAUUCAAAAUGAAUUUUCAUCUUAUUAGGCGAUGUAUCGGUAACAAAAUUCACGGGAUAACUGCCAAUAGUAAAUUUUUCUGUACUAUAGUGGAUCCACCAGAAGACCCUCUGUUCGUCAUUCCCAGGCCUAAGUCAAGAGAAAAUGAAUCUUUGCAGACCAAGAAAGCGAGACUUCUUUAUCAGUCGCGUAAACGAGGCAUGCUCGAAAAUGACCUUCUUUUGAGUACCUUUGUUGCAAAACACUUGGACAAAUUUGAUGCACAAGAUGUUGAUAAGUAUGAUAGGUUGAUCAACGGACCCUCUAAUGACUGGGACAUUUACUACUGGGCUACAAACAUCAAGCCAACCCCAGAAGAGUAUGACCAUAAUAUCAUGGAUUUGUUGAAAAUCCACUGCAGGAAUCUGAAUAAGGAAGUGAGGAUUCGUCAACCAGAUUUGAACUGAUAUUCUUCGAUAGACUUCUUCCAGUAUUAAAUUAAUAGAUUUUCUUAGAAAACUGGUUUUCAAAAUAUAUGUUGUGAUAUAUUGAU